CUGUAUUUGGUAGUUAUGGUUACAACAAGAAUUGCAGGUUAGUACAAAUAAUGACUUGUUUUACUCUGAUUUGCUAGCGCUAACACUAAAUUCAGAUAUAGCUUUAUAAAUCAACAGCUGCGGUUAUACUGAAACUCAAAUGGCUUCAGCUGCACAAGAAGAGUUUGAACUCGGCAAGAAAGAUGAAGAGAUAUUGGAGAAAAGAGCAUUAUUGUUACAGCAGAUGGAAGCACUGUAUGAACAGCAGAAAGCUAAGAAGAAACAACAAUGUCUGAUGUCUCAAGCUGCACACAAGAGGAAUGCUCAGAUACUUCAGGACUUUGAGAAUGUUGAAAAAAAUCUUCAUACAAGACAGCUCCUUCAUCCGGAUGUUAUCCACCUCGAGACUCGCUAUUGGGCCUCAGUUGAACAGAAACUUCCAGAAUGGGAGCAGUAUUUGUUGGGUAAAGGACAGGCCCCAGUGAGUGAGACUGGAACAUCAUUUGGACAACAGAGACAGAGAUCUGGACAACAUCCCUCACCUGCACAUGGCAGGGGGAAAGAUGGCAAACCCCAGCCCAGCCUAAUUGGAUGAUCAAACCAGUGCAGGGUGACACGGAGUGGCGGCUUGACAAACGCGAUCAUCUGGAUGGUCAGGGUUGAAGUGGUGGUGGUUGGCAGCUGCCCUUCCUCCUCAGCUGGGACUCUUGCCCCUGAGGUCAGGGUACCAGUCAGGGGUUUCAAAUAGGGGGGGAUGUAGACCACAGAAGGGUGGAGAAUUCUGGUGGUGGGUGGAGGGCAAGACAGCAAAUUAUCCAAAAGGAUUUUGAAGAGCACGAUCUGGAGCCUUUCCAAAUGACUAGCUCUGCAUUAUGUAUUCUAAUGGAGAAAGCCCUGAGGUGGAUUGGCUACGGACACCACUGCCAACAGAGGCUGUCAGAGACCCAGCACAGGCCAAGGCCAAAUGUUGUAGAUGGGCUCGAGGCUUUAAACACCUGGAAAUCAGCCAGAUCUCCAGAAUGAUCUUAUAAGCUAAUAGAACAAAGUUCAUUAUCACCCUACAUCUGUGUAACUCCAGACUGCACAUGAUAGUCCCGUUGUAAUGGUAAUAUUAACCAUUUUAAAAAGAUUCAUUUCACAAUAUUUUUGAUAUAUGGAUUUCUUAAUAUUAGGAAGUCUUCAACAUAUAAAUUAUAACAUUUUCUCUUUACCGAAGCAAAGCAUACUUGUCUUAGAAACACACCGCCCAUUGCGCCCAAAAGUGCUUUUCACAACUAAAGAUCUCACAUACCAUUGUAAAUGUAGUGCACUUAAACACAAAUAGCUUCUGCUCGGGAGACUGUUAGGGAAUUCUCUCCAUUCUUGAAACGACGAUUCCAGCACUAAAGGACUCCUGAUGUGUUUUUGUUCUGGCUAAGUUAUACGUUUUAUAAGGAUUGAUUUUGAGUUUUAUUUUCUUCCUUCCCUCAUAAGAACCAUUCAAUCCAAGUAGUCAAAACAUCCACUCCAUCAUGGCAUUUGAAGUAUUUAUGGGUGUCUGGUUGAGUAGUCGGCAUGUGUUGGGCUGCAGCGGUAUAACAGUGUUUAUUGUCCACAUAAGAUGUGUAUAUUUAAUACCAAACAUCUGUUAUUUUUACAGGGUUCGACCAGACUUCAAAACUGUGAAUAAACCCACUAUAAAUGAGUAAUUGACAAAUUGCCCCUUAUCAAAUUUUGCAUUCUAACCUGGUGUUUUGAAGAGAGCACUAGUUUAACAGCAGGAUUUUGGUCUGAGUUAAUUAAAUCCCAUCCACUGGGAAACAGGGAGUGGAGAUUGUCCUAAAGGGGCAUCCUGGGUCAAAAGAUUAGCACCGGACAUCCCAGAUUUACUGCUCCUGCCAAACAAUGAGACUGAUUUCAGGUCAGACCUCAAUAGAACAGAUAUCUAUUGGAGGUCUGCUGAUUAGAUUUUUCUUCAGUCCAUCUUUGGUCUAAUCUAAUGCAUCAUCCUUAAUGCUUGUUAAUGGUGCACUGAGAUUGUCGAAUCUGGAACAGAUUGUUUUGAGUUCAGACCUUCGUCUCUACAGUGUCGAAGAGGGGACAGAAGGUCCCCUUCAGCUGUGUGGCCCGAAGCCUUCAAGACUGCUUCUGAAUGGAGGUCAUACCCGAGACUGACAUUGAUGUAAUUCCGGCGAGGCAGAGUCCCCGUUCACCGCUACCAUUCGGCUGCCUCCACACCUUAAAGCAAUGAAGCUCCUUCUCUGAGCGUGCCCUUGACGAUCAGGCCCAACGCUGCAUGCCACUCAGGGCCUAUAGUGGGGGCAGCUUGGGUAACGUCUGAUCCCACGCAUUUAGGAAUGUGAAUACGUACACACAAAGCUUGGCCUACUAACUGCGGUUGUAGAUUGAUUUGCUUGUUUUUGUGAUUUUUCAUCUGUCAGUUUACAGGUUGUCUCAGUUAUUGUUUGAAUGGAUAUUCACAGCCUGCCUACUCAAAUUACACAACAUAUUGUCAGGUCGACCUUCUUUAUCAUUUUGGACUAAGUAAGUGUACGGAACACCAUGCGGUCGCUUGGCCGAGUCUGUCUUUCCAGCGCCGUUACGUAGGAACGGGUCCAAAGAGCGCGAGCCCGACGCUCAUUAACUUUCCCCUUGGCGCUCUACAAUGCGUCUCGCGAGCGCUUUGUGCCAAGAAGCGAAGCUUCUCUUAACAAGUACUACAACUAUCCCGCUCUUCUCCAACUGGGAGAGAAAUAGCUUUCUAAAACGAUGGAUGGAGGACGGUUUAAUUAGAAUUUCAUUUGGGCUAAACUGAGAGAAACGACGCGGUUAACAUUUGGCGGAUUUAAUUGGGCCCUAUUCUUCCUCGUCUGCUUAAAAAUGCCGAAGCUACCCCCGUUAAUCUUCCAUUUACAAUCAAUUGAGUUGACCAAACAAAAGUCUGGGUCUUCUUUUCUUCCUGUCUCAACCGGGCUUUUGUCGCUCGUAAAUGCCUCGAUUUCGGCUGAUCUCCGUCGUGUACAUGCUCUCCGCCGUUGACAGUUCAUUAAUGCGCUCUUGUCCCUAUAAUCCCUCUCGCCGCGUAACAUGUGCAUGCAGUAAUGAGCUCCCUUGUCAAUUAACAUGUUUCUAGAAGCAAAGCUGGUUGCUCAGACGUUUGAGAGGUAGGCUAAGUGCGGAAAAAGGCCAACGAGACUGCCUUUAGGUUGUUUUCUUCUCUGCAAUCUUUUUGGGCGCUAUGUAGACAAGAUAGGCAGCUUUGCACAAAAGAGAUUUUUGUACCCCACACAAACAUGUCUUUUGGUGAGACCCGCCCCCACUGGUAUUUUCCCAGACCUCUUCACCACCGUAAAUGCUUUACUCUUUAUCAUUUUUUGAGGAUGUCACAUGGGAUGUCCGUCCACACAGCAUUCGUUUGUUAAUUAUUAGGCCAAUACCUUAAAAAGUGUUUGAAUUUAACUAUUGAAGCAGUUGCAUAUAAACGAGUUCAAAAUCAAAUAAUCUUCGGCACAAUAUUAUAUAUUACACGAUACAAUAAAAUAAAACUGAUAAUAAACAAUCAUUUUAUAUUCAUUGGGAAUUAGUAAAAUAAUCGAUUCUUAAUUUGAUAUUUUUUAGCCUACUUUAUACAUUUUUAAAAAUAUGCUACUUUUGUUGUAACAAAAUUUAUUUUUAUAAUAAAGUUGACAUUUCUCACUAAACAUGGUUUUAUGUUUAUGAAGUUUAUGAAUCCAAUAACACAAAUAGUAAUUUGUAAAGCUCUCAAGACAUGGUUAUUCCUCUUGAAACAUGAUUUCUUGUUUUAUAAAAUCACGCCUGAAUUGCACGUGGGACUAUUUUUGGAUGCAGAUGAAGGAAAUAAAAACACUUCUGUUCAAACACAAUUUUAGAUUCUUGCCACUAAGGAGGUGAAUAGGCCAGUCAACUAGUAAUAUUAGUCUUCCUCUUGGUCCCAAGUCAUGGACAUAAUUGCUAAUUGGGCUGUAAUUGGGAGACAGAGAUUUGAGAUCACGCGCUUGUCUCUCAUCAAAAUUUCUGUUAGCUUGUAAGGAUAAUAUUGUUCCAGGAUCGUGCGCAGAAUACAUUAUUGUUUAUUAAAGCUGCCACAAUGUGGAGCAGUGUAGUCCAUUUUCCACCUUCUGAUGAACACGACUCGAUGCGCCGAAGCUUCCCAUGAGGCUCUUUAGUUGAUUAACGUAAUAGGCUUUCAAGAGUCCAUGUUUUAUCUGAUAAUUUGAGCCAUUAAACUGAAGUCAAGAGGCGAAAUCGUGUAUCGAAUGUCUAAAUGAAACCACA